ACGGAAGUGACGCAGCAAGGUGCGCCUCGGCGUGCGGGUCGAGGUCACUAUGAACAGUGUCCUGUGCUCACGGGCUGCGGGAGCGGUUCGGGCUCUGCGGCUUGUGGGCUGGGCUUCGCGAAGCUUGCAUCCGCCGCCCCGUGGCCCGUCUCCGGCUCAGCCUGCAGACAGGGAAGAGGAGGAAGACCCCAACCUCCCAAUCCAGUUUUCCGGCAGCAAAGCCACCCCAAUCCGCUGGACGGUGGAGCAUUCCCUGGGGAAGCAGCAGCAGCGACCCUGGUGGAAAGUGCUGCCGCUCGCCCUCACACUCGUGGCUUUGGUCAUAUGGUGCUAUCAGAGGGAGGAGAGCAACACGGACCAGUGGUUGAGCCAGGUGUUGGAAGGGAAGGACGAGGAGGACGAGGAGGAGCCGGAAGGUCCUCCGGAGGAGCUUGAAGCUCCAGCCCUCCACAGGGCUAGAACGUAACGUGGUGCGUGCUGAGGAGGGGACUAGGCAGCCGUCCUUCCGUUUUGUCGUCGAAUUUGACGGUUUCUGAACUGGUUUUGCUCAUGUCCUUGUUGCCUAAAGGACUUGGAUGGCGCUCUUGGCGCAGAGACACUAGAGCCCAGCACAAAAUUGGAGACCCUGAUCUUUGCCGAACACCAAUGCCCAGUGAUUACGUCCAAAGAACUUUUGAGGUUCAUAGAAAAGGUUUUAGCUGUUCGUACAGCUUAAUCAUGUUUCCAGAGCUGCUCUGGUGGACAUGUUAACUGCAGAAGUGUAAUGAGCUGUCGUGUGUGUGUGUGUGUGUGUGUGUGUGUGUGUGUGCACCAUCAGUUGAAGCUAUUUUAAAAACUUGCAAAUGGAAAAUACAUUUGGUAAAGUCUAAUGAACUCAAUUUCCUCACCUCC